AUGAUCAGGACCAUGAUUCAGCACGCAAAGAAACACCCAGGGCUGAUCCCUCUGUUUUUCUUUUUUACUUUGGGCGUCACAGGAGCUGCGCUCUACCUGAUCCGACUGGCAAGAGGGCCUCAUAUAAUCCUCUGGGACAAAAAGACCAACCCUGAGCCCUGGAACAAGCUUGAUCCAACCUAUCAAUACAAGUUUGUGGCCGUCAAAACGGACUACAAGAGUCUGAAGAAAGACAGACCCGACUUCUAA